GCCAGAAUCUAGGUCCCCGCAGACGCUCCACGCUUGCCCUCCCUUCAGUGUGUCCCUUCUUCUCUGUUCAUUCUGCCAGAAAUUCUCCAUCACGAAAGGAACAUCACAGCCAGAAGCACUUGAAGUAGAUCAAAAUGGCCGAAACGACGACAUUACCACAUAUCUCAAGCCUAGUACAGCCUGCGAUACGAACAGUGGUAUCCGGCGAGGAUAACUGGAAGGGCAAGACGAGCCCUGCGGAGAGACGGAAGAUCCAGAACAGGCUCAAUCAGCGAACGUGGAGACAACGAAGAAAAGCUGAAAAGCAACAGCAGCGCCAGGCGAAGACCCGACAGUCUGGUACGGACGAAAGAAAACCCUCGUCCAGCAGCAGCCUGUCGCCGCCGUCCUCCAGCGCCAUCGUAGCAAGCUCGAAGUGGGCAGCGGCAUUACCAGCCGCCUCCGUGGCCAAUGAUAAUGACACGACGACCUACGUGACGGUGGAAAUGUCUCGGCAGGGCCUAUACAAGUCGAAAACGAGCUCGCAGAGAAGCGCAAAGUACACGACGCUGAUGGCCUUGAAGUACAUCGGACGGCAACGACAAAUUGCAGACAUUCGGGACGAGGACUUGGACGACAUAUAUCAACUGUUCCUGCAGCACGCGCAUGAGAGUCGAAGGAGCCCGAGCCCGGAUCCACUGUCGGAUUCACUAAUACCGCUUGUGCAAUUCAAUCUGUUCCGCGGCUUAAUGGAGAACAUGAAGACUUUGGGUAUCACUAUGCCCAUGAUCUGUGACGAUGACUGCGUGUCUCCCUUUGGAAGCGAUCCUACGUAUAAUGCCAACACCGCUUGGAAUAUCCCAUACUUUUUGAAGCCGACGGAGACGCAGCUGACAACCAUACACCAUCCCUGGCUUGACUUUUUACCCCUACCGAGGAUGCGGGACAACUUGAUCAAGGCUGGGGAUGACUGGGACGACGAGGCGUUGUGUCUAGACAUGGUAGGCGAUGGAGAUGCGCCAUCUGGGAAAGGAGGCAUGAUUCUGUGGGGAGAACCAUGGGAUCCCAAUAGCUGGGAGGUCACAGAGGACUUUGUCGAGAAGUGGCGGUGGAUCCUUGAAGGCUGCGAGGAGAUCAUCAGGUCGUCUAACUACUGGAGGGCAAAACGAGGCGAAAAGAGGAUGAGGGUGAGAAUAUGA